AUGCACGCAACAAGGAGCGUGACUCACACCCUCCGCUUAAGCGCCAGGGGAUUUUCUACUGUCACUCGCCGCCAAGCGCCCUCGGGACUCAGGAUUAACCCCGAUCGAUUAUGGGAGACAUUGCACAAGACUUGUGAAUGGGGAGCAGCCCAUCGCUAUGGCGAACAGCCAACGGAGACUGGUAUGGCUCGUCUUACACUCACGGAUGAAGAUGCCCGUGUCCGCUCGUGGUUUGCUGCCGAAGUCAAAAAGCUGGGAUGUACACUUUCUGUCGAUCAAAUGGGUAACAUGUUCGCACGGCAGCCAGGCUCACUGAAGUCGCCUGCACCGAUGAUUGCGAUGGGUAGCCAUCUCGACACUCAGCCUCGGGGUGGUCGGUAUGAUGGCAUUCUAGGAGUGAUAGCUGCGUUGGAGGUGCUACGGACAAUGAAAGAAAGUGGGUUCGAGACUAAUUACGAUGUUGGUAUUGUGAACUGGACUAACGAGGAGGGUGCUCGGUUUCCUUCGUCCAUGUGUUCUUCAGGUGUUUGGGCUGGCGCCAUUCCAAUCGAGAAGGCUUGGGACUUGCGCGAUAUUCACAACCCACACGUGACCCUCCGGUCUGAGCUUGAGAGGCAUGGAUAUCUAGGCGAUAUUCCCUGCUCGAGCGAUGAACAAUUUGGAUAUCCUCUUGGUGCUCACUUUGAACUUCACAUUGAGCAGGGUCCCAUCCUUGAGGAGACAGGUCGAUCGAUCGGCGUUGUCCAAGGAGCUCAGGGAUACAGAUGGUUCACCAUAAUUGUUCAUGGAAAAGAUGCUCACACCGGAACGACGCCGCUCAGUACCCGCAAGGAUCCUGUACUCGCGGCCUCUAAGAUGAUUGCCGCGUCAAACGAGAUUGCCUCCCGUCACAACGCGCUAGUCUCGACGGGAAUCUUUAGAGUGCCAUCGAAUGCAUCGACCAACACUCUCGCCACAAAUGUGACUUUUACCCUUGACAUCCGACACCCGAAUGACAGCGUUGUGUCUGCUGUGCAAGAGGAGAUUUUCGAGACCUUUGCUACUAUCGCUUCUCAGGAUGGCAAGGGCGUUUCCUUUGACUGGACAUUGGAUACAGACUCCCCAGCCGUCAAGUUCGACCAGAACUGUGUUGCAUCUGUCCAGGCGGCAGCAGACCACCUCGUUGGUCCAGAAAAAAUUAUGCUCAUGACCAGUGGCGCCGGUCAUGAUACCGUGUAUACUAGCAAGCACUGCCCAUCGGCUAUGAUCUUCGUGCCAUGCCGAGAGGGCGUCAGCCACCACCCGACUGAGUAUUGCAGCCCCCAAGAUUGUGCCCUGGGUGCCCAGGCCCUCCUUGAAGCCGUGGUGCAUUACGAUCAGUUCCGGACGAAGAGUGAGAACCCUUAG